CAAAAACAUAUUCAAAUUUACUUAAUUCCAAUUUGAUAUUUCACUCAUAAGUUCUUCAUUUUUAUGCGUCUUCUGGUAUUUAUGUGAUCAGUUUAUGUUGAACUCCCGCGAAGGAUGGUUCGAACAAAAGUAUGGUUUAGGCUCCUGCUUAUGUCAACUUUAUCAUUUGUUUCUCCUUUACAUCAGAUUGGAAACAAAGGGUUUAUCUCCGAAUCUCAGAGAAACACAUCAUCGCAUAGAGCAGUAUAUGAGCAUAAACUAAACCUUCUCGAUAAAUUCAUUUUUCAAACUUACAAAAAGCUUCUCGAUACAGUGGACUCUGUAAAACAGGAAACAGAAUCUGGAAUUGAAGACGACAACGCUCUUCUUCUGUUGAUGAUUCUUCUGAUAAACGGAGGACAGUUUCUAAGUCUUCACGGAAAAGGAUUACAAAGAACAAGAACAACAUCUGGAGACUCGUUAUCUGCUCUAGGAGACAGUUUGAUUACCUCUUCAUUCUCAGCACCCAGAGUUUAUAGUCUUAGAUCGUCCAAGUUUCCCUGUGUAGUAGGAUCGGUGAGAAAACUGGGUAAAAAGAACCAAGCUUUGAUUUAUCCUAAUAUAAUUUAUAGGGAUGUAUUCAACAUGAACUGCUCCUCGUUUCAUCCCUACCGUCUUCUUCGUCCUAAUCAGCUCCCUGAUAUUCUGAACCACAAGGUGGAAGCAUUCACGAGGAACCUCAGCUCCGUCCUAUCCUGUAUCAUCCUUGAGACAGGAACCAAGAUUACAGGAUUGAUAAAUCUUCUUGGAGAAACUAUCCGAACCCGACUCCGUGUUACUCAAGAACUGCUUGAUCUUGUAACACAUGAUUAUGUGUUCAACUGUUGAGUGAGUUGAGUUCUCAUCUGUAAACAAUCACAGAACAAUAUUUAAAAUCCUGAAUUUCUGAAAUAUUUUUUUUCUUUUUAUAUCUGCUAUCAUUUGGAUAUCAUUAUGCCUCUCAUGAAGAAAUCUAUAUUUUUGUUCUUUUUAUGUAUAGUUUGGGGUAUCUACAAGCUUGUUACGAAGCUAAGGUGCUUUAGAAAGUCGUUGUAUUGUAUUGAUAUAUUCGCCCGCCACUAUCGUAUUUUUUAUUUAAAACUAUAAUAAGCAUGACGAUUCGCCUCUCCAAAUCUACUAAAAAUAAUUUUUUUUAACUGCAUUGGAUUUUUCGUUGUAAUUUCUAAUACCUCAUAGUUUUGAAUUCUCGAUUAAUGCAGCUUGGAUCCAUUAAAGGAAUUGAGUCUUUACCACAAACUCGAAUUUUCUAAUCCAUAUAACUUUGCAAAAUAUUAGCAUGAGCCUUUGGUAUUUCAAACUUUGAUAAUUUAAUCUAAGACAAUUCAAAGUUUGAAAUAUCAAAGAUCUACGACAUUGUGUCAAAAAGAUAUUGGGAUUUGAAAAUCAGAGUUUGUGGCAAAGACUCAAUUCCUUUGACAUUGUUUAAGUAGAAGUAUUGGGUGCACAAUGUACAAUGUUAAAAAGUGUAAACCAUGUCUACUCAGAUCUGAUCCUGAAUAGAUGUUACAAGAGGGAAUACUCUCUAAUAAAUUAUUUAAAGCAGA